UAGGCGCGCCCGAAGGCAAGCUAAAGCCGGCUAAAUGUCGUUUCUGGUUAGAAAAUGCGCGCUUUUCUAAAUCUGACUACGACAAUGUACCUUGCGGCAGUUGUCCUACCGCUCGUCCUAGCCUUCCCGGCGGUUAAAGGCCCUAGGUAUAGGGAGGAAGGAGGCCUGUUCAGUGCUAAAGGUAUUGUAGAUGUACAGGAUCGCACCAUAUGGAUACGGCAACCGACGUCGGAAUACACGCGAUUAAACGAUGGGGAACAGAGAAGCUGCAAGACGGUGAAGAGAAGCAUACAUGAGGUGGAUGACGAGAUAUCCAACCUUUCGUACUGUCUCCCGCAUGGCACUUGUGAAGGCCACUGCGGCGAACCCGACCCAAGCAACCUGUACUACCAGUCGUAUUUCAACUGCCGUUGUGACAUGGACUGUGAGAUUUUCCAGGACUGCUGUCCCGACUACUCCACGGUCUGUGCCCAUCACCACGCCGAGGAAGGGUCGGGCAACUCGGACCCUUCAGCCGCGGACAGACAAGACGAGGCAGGAGGUGCUGAAGGGAGUCCGCCUUUAGAAAAUUUCGACUGUGUCAAGAUUUCUGGCUAUUACCAAGACACGUACUGGGUGGUUACGCAAUGCCACCCGAGCUGGACGGACGGGGACAUACGGAGGCAGUGCGAAGACACCGACAACAUGGACUUUCUUUCCGUGUUUCCCGUCACGGGGGAAGACGGCUUUACGUAUAAAAACGCCUUCUGUGCCCAGUGUAACCACAUGAAGAACUUCACCUUCUGGAACGUGUAUGCGGGCUGCAGGGAGAGACCACCCGACAGCCGCGACCCUGCGAUCCUGCCGUCCUACCUGAACCACUCCUGUCUGGUACGCAUACUUCCUGAACGUGCGGAGAGACCGCUCCGCUUCUGCGAGCCGGACCUGGUCACCUCCUGCCCGCCUGACAGUAACUCAACCAUCGCAGAGAUCUGCAAAUCAUACGAGUCUAUCGUAGUAGGUGGGGACUCCAAAGGUCCACUGACUGCAUAUAAAAACAGACACUGUGCCAUUUGUAACGCGGUCCACAAUGAUGAUCUAUUCUGUCCGAUAUGGCGUCGAUAUGGCAACGGCUUUUACUGGACUUUAGGCAUUGACCAAACUUCCUCAAACCUACAAAAUAACCGACGGGUGAGCCUCGGUGAGUCCGGAACGUCCAUGGACAUGGACUUUAGCGGCCCCUUAGGGUGGCUACCCGCGGCUUUUUCCGUGCUCAUGGACUUCGACCCAGUGCGGGGAGAGAGCUCUUUCACAUACACCGAUCUCACCAACCCGGCGGCUGACGAAGACGUAGAGAUGGUGACGUGCCAGGCUGGCCAGAUCUACGACCCCUUCCUGGCCAUCUGCAGGUCCGUGUUUUGCGGCGAGGGCUUCUCGUACGACUUCUGGAACAAGAUGUGCGUCUCUAACCAGAACAGUAGUCAUGUCUUGCAAACUAUACACAUAACACUGACCAUCCAGAUUCAGACGUACUCGUCCCUUGUGAACGAAGAACUCGAGCAUCAAGUCAUCGGAGCCGUAACCGGUCUCUUCAACAUCAGUCAAGCAGGACUACAGUCCAUCAAUGUGAACAUCGACAGUCCUUGGCAGCAGGUUAACACCAGUGCAUCUUCGGGCGAAAGAAUUCCGCCAGACAGCAAUGUCCAAAACGGUCCUGUAGGAGAAUCCUUCUUCAGUAUGACGUUUUCCUUAGAAAUACCAAUAACUGAUAAUUUUAUGAAUGGCAACUAUAGCUAUUUCUUAGACAACCUGUAUGCAAAUCUUGAGGACUUUGACUUCUACAUUGCCGGCGUUCCAGUCAACGCCAUCGACUCCAGGGAAGACGUCGAUGUUGACUCAUUCCAAUGCCGAAACGGAACCAUACCAAGGGUAUACGACUUCAUGGACUUCGUUUUCAUGACCGACCAAGAAAACAACACCAUUCUACAUGUCAACUCCACGUGCAAGUCAUUUUCCGAAGACGAGUUCACAGUGUAUUCCGUCAGCAUGCAUGCCUCCAAGUUCGGAGAACUGACGACCCAAAUCGCGCAAGUUCUCGUGUGCGUGGACGAGACUUCCUGCCCUAUAGUUCCCCUGAACCAGUCUGAGUACCAGCUUCUCCCGAACAAUUCUCUCCUGUAUCUUUCCUGUGCCUACGGAGACCAUCUUGUGCCUCCAAGUGACUAUUGCAUCAUCAAUGGACACCCGCAUGUCGUGUUCUGUGAAAACAGUACUGCGGAUUCCGGGGUAGACUACCAACCUGUAGAGGCCCCGACCGCCAUCACAGCAGACAGGGUCGUGACGUUUGUAGCCAUGGUGGUGUCUCUCACAACCCUGGCCGCGACUAUCGUGACGUACCUCCUCUUCUCGUCCCUCCGAACUCUCCCAGGACUGACCAUUUUGAACCUCUCCACCUCCUUGUUCCUCUCCCAGGUCGUAUUCCUGUCGUCUGUAAACAGAGAAAACAUCUCCAGCGACCUGCUUUGCAAGGUGACAGGCAUGGGCAUCCACUACCUGUAUCUGACGUCUUUCUUCUGGAUGAACGUCACUGCCUUCAUGGUGUACAAGACCUUUGUGGUGGAGAAAACUAUCAUCGUUCGCUGCAGGUCAGACCACAUGAGGAAGGCGCUUCGCUACAUGGUGUACGCGUGGGGAUGUCCUCUCAUCAUCGUCUCUAUCUGCGCAGUGCUGGAGUUUGUGGACGUUGGCCCUCUAAAAGAUGUCGGGUUUGGGUAUGGAGGCACGGUGACGUGCUGGAUAUCACAGCUGUAUCCCCUCAUCUUCGCCUUCUUCGUCCCGCUGGCCAUCAUCAUCGUGGCCAACGCCAUUUUGUUCAUCAUCACCGUCAUCUCCAUCAACAGGACCCGCUCCGUGCAGGGUAAGAACGCCCGUCAGAACGUCAAAGUGUACGUACGCCUGUCCACGGUGAUGGGCUUCACAUGGAUCUUCGGCUUCUUGGCUGUCGUCGUCAACGCUCGGAUCAUCACAGAAAUCCUGUGGUUCCUCUUCAUCAUCUUCAACUGCCUUCAGGGUGUCUUUCUCUUCAUCGCUUUCGUCUGCAACACGAGAGUGCUGAACCUGUACAAGAAGAGGCUGGGCCUGAAGCGUAAGGGUGGCCAGUUGGUGAGAGGCAUGAGCACCCCGCCAUGCAGUCCCAUCAAGAAGUCCCCCACUGAAACCACUUUGGUUCCGUCCACUCCCCCUGUUUCCAUCAACACAAUCUCCGAGAAAUGCAUGAAAAAAUCGCCGAGUCAGACUUUUCUGAUUCCCCCGUGUUCCUUCGAGUUUGAACCAACACCUCUGUACCCCCCUCCCCAGGAGAACGAAGAAGACAUUGUCACCAGGCUUUAAUUAUCUAAACAAAGGAACGAAACAAAAACGAAUUUCUGCGAUGACAGUACUGGAGCUCAUUUGA